CUGGAGGCGCGGUUGCUUAGUGUGGAGGAGUCCGGUCGAGGGAGCGGAGACGCUGUUCAAUUAGGGCCGAUUAAUUCCCAUUUAAAUAGACCAUCGGGCCAAGUGGAGGUCUGUUUUGUGUAAACGUAUUAGUUGGCAUUUAUUCAACCUGGUUUUCCUCUUUUUUUUUUUUUCCUUUCCCUCUCUUAUUCGAUCACACUCGCUGGAGUUUGGAAAGGUGCUUUUUGUUGUGCGUAAGAAUUUCGGAGGGGAGUCGAGCGCUGCUGCUGAAGAUGAUGAUGGGUUCGCUCCCGGUGCUCUACGUCCUGCUCGCGUGCAGCGUAGCUCGAGCUCUCGCUGGGUACAUCGAGGCCCUGGCAGCUAAUGCAGCCACUGGCUUCGCUGUGGCUGAGCCGCAAGUGGCCAUGUUCUGCGGGAAGCUCAACAUGCAUGUCAACAUACAAACGGGACAUUGGGAACCAGACCCCUCAGGCACAUGGAGCUGCCUGGGAACCAAGGAGGCUGUACUGCAGUAUUGCCAGGAGGUUUACCCCCAGCUGCAAAUCACAAAUGUGGUGGAGGCCAACCAGCCAGUGAAGAUUGAGAACUGGUGCAAGAAAGAGAAGAAGCAGUGCAAAGGCCACGCCCACAUUGUGGUUCCAUACAAAUGCCUGGUGGGCGAGUUUGUGAGCGAUGUGCUGCUGGUACCGGAGAAGUGCAGAUUCUUCCACAAGGAGCUCAUGGACACCUGCGCCAGUCACCAGCAGUGGCACAGAGUGGCCAAAGAGGCAUGUGCCAAGACUGGUGCCACCCUGCAUAGCUACGGCAUGCUGUUGCCCUGUGGCAUUGACGAGUUUCACGGGACUGAGUACGUAUGCUGCCCGCUGCCCCAUGCUGAGGCGUCUGACCACUUUCAGGAGGACGAAAGCGAAGAUGAAGAAGAUGAGGCCACAGAGUUAGAUGAUGACAGUGAGACCCCUGCUGAAGAACCUACACAAAAAUCAAGGGCAACUGACCUGGUUGAUGAAGAGUAUGUUUAUGAGGAAGAGCCAGAGGAGGAAGACCAAGAUGGAAAGGAGUGGGACAGCUCUCAGAAUGGCUCCCCAGAAGACAAGACAUUGCAGGAGGUUAAAGAGGUGUGCUCCAUGGCAGCUGAGACAGGCCCGUGCCGUGCCUCCGUGCCUCGCUGGCAUUUCGACGUGGCCCAGAUGAGGUGCACCCGCUUUGUCUAUGGCGGCUGUGCCGGCAACCGCAACAACUUCGACUCUGAGGAGUACUGCAUGGCAGUGUGUCAGCGCAUGAUCCCAGCUCAACCCACCCCCAAGCCCACUGAUGACGUGGACGUGUACUUCGAGACGCCGGCUGACGACAAAGAGCACAUCCGCUUCCAGAAAGCCAAGGAGCAGCUGGAGAUCCGGCAUCAGAAGCGCAUGGAAAGAGUGAGGAAGGAAUGGGAGGAAGCUGAACAACAGGCUAAGAACCUGCCCAAGGCUGAGAGACAAACACUGAUCCAGCACUUUCAAGCCAUGGUGGAAUCCCUGGAAGAAGAAGCAGCUAGUGAGAAGCAGCAGCUGGUAGAGACCCACCUUGCGCGAGUGGAGGCCUUGCUGAACGAUCGUCGACGCCAGGCCUUGGAGUCCUAUCUGGCCACCCUUGUGGCGGAACCCCCCAGGCCCCACCGCAUCCUGCAGGCCAUGCGGAGAUACGUUCGUGCAGAAAACAAGGACCGCCAGCAUACUAUUCGCCACUUCCAGCAUGUGAUGGCUGUGGAUCCAGAGAAGGCUGCCCAGAUGAACUCCCAGGUGAUGACCCACUUGCGUUUUGUGGAGGAGAGGAUGAACCAGAGUGUGUCCAUGGUCUACAAGGUGCCUUAUGUUGCUGAGAAGAUCCAGGAUGAGAUUGAUGAGCUUCUCCGGGAACAAAACUCGGAAAUGGACCAGUUCCUGUCCUCCAUUUCCAAGUCCCAGCCAGAUGACAUGGUGCUAUCCAAGGAGCGUGCGGAGCAGCCAUCUUUGGUAGACAGCUCCUACCGCCCCUUCAAGGUCACCUCUCUGGGUGUCCAGCCAGGACUUGAGGGAUCAGGACUUAAUGGAUUGAUUGGUGCUGAGGAGGCUGUGAUCAACAGCAAGCCCAAGCUGAAUGAUGAUGUCAUAGAUGAGUCUCUGGAUGUUAAAGAGGUUAUUUACAGUUCAGAGAGAAUUAUGCACGAUGAUGAAAUGGAAUCCUUCAAGCCUCUGGAAGAAGAGUUCAGCUUCGGGACCAGUGCUCUGAUCGGUCUGCUCGUUGUUGCUGUGGCCAUUGUAAUGGUAAUUGUGAUUAGUCUCGUGAUGCUGCGGAAAAGGCACUACGGGACAAUCAGCCAUGGUAUUGUGGAGGUGGAUCCCAUGCUCUCACCAGAAGAGCGUCAUCUGACCAAGAUGCAAAACCAUGGGUAUGAGAAUCCCACCUACAAAUAUCUGGAGCAGAUGCACAUCUAGCCUGAGGAGCCAGGGGACACUGGAGCCAGUUAAAGCAAAAGGGGAGGACAUACUACUGACCAAUAAUACCAUUUGCUUGUGUCAAAAAUCAUCCUGCAUAAAAUGCAAAUUCUGAUGCAUUUAAAACAAUCCAGAAAUGUUGCUGCUGCUACUGCUUAACACUUUUUGGUCUCUUCUGAGAAACUUCAGUGGUUCAACUAAUCAUGUACAAAAGCUGGAUUUAAACUUUAUAGACAAAUUAUAAUGUUCACCCUGGCAGAUUAUCAAUUAAAAUGACUUCUGUUUCAUUACUGGUAUGAUCAUUUCACAAAUAUUAAAUGAUUUCAAGAUUGCUUGUAAAUGCAGCUUUCUUUGUUUCCUCAUGCAUUGUCAGUACAAUCAUUAGUUCUUUAUCACUUAAAAGGAGGGGGGGGGAAAAAAAAAAAAAACCCUUGUAUAGUUCUCCCUUUCAUCCUUUAACCACACAACUGAUAGUCAGUUAUGCUGUGUAGCAGGACUGAAAUAGGGUGCAUUGUGGAAAGUUACAGCAACAUGGCAUUUUGUAGGGCAAGAAACACAAACAUACUACCUUUCCCCUGCCUCCAACGUUCUUGGGGCCCUGCACCACUUUCAUUACUGCUGUUAUGAGACGAAUCGGUCAUACAGCGUGACUGCUCUCUCUCCACUAUAUUUCCAAAAGUCAGUGCCAGCAUAAAUGGCUGUUUUGUGUGCAUGCAGUUUGACCUAAAGCAAUUCACCUAAAGAACUCUACCUGAAAGCUGGGGGGG